AUGCCUCCUGCUGUGGCAACAUGCGUCGAGGAAGUCAAGAUUGUGGUCGGCGGCAUCAUUGUCAUCAUUACAAAUGUUGUUGCCAAACCUCUUAGCCCAGCUCUGUUCUCCUCGGCCUCCGCUCAAGACGAUGAAACUGCCAGCGAAAGCAGCGCUGCCAAUACUUCUGCUGCUGCUGCAGCCGCCGCCGCCGCCGCCGUCGCUGCCGAGGCAAAGCGUCGUCGCUCGCGCACCAAUUUCAACACCUGGCAGCUGGAGGAGCUGGAGCGCGCCUUUCACAGCAGCCAUUAUCCAGAUGUGUUUAUGCGCGAGGCUCUGGCCAUGCGGCUGGAUCUGAAGGAGGGACGCAUUGCGGUGUGGUUCCAGAACCGACGCGCCAAGUGGCGCAAGAAGGAGCACACCAAGAAGGGACCGGGACGUCCAGCGCAUAAUGCUCAGCCCCAAAGCUGCAGCGGAGCGCCGAUACCGCUGAGCGAGUUGCAGGCACGUGAGCGCGCACAGCGCAGCAAGCGCAUUGCCAAGGCCGUGGAGCGUCAGGCACGCAAGCUGCGGCUGAAAGGCAUCGCCGUGGAUCUGGAGCAAUUGCGUGCGGAUUAUCUGGCAGCGCAUAAGCUGAACUCGCAACAGUGGCAUGAGGAUGGGGAUGGGGAUGGCGAUGAGGAGUCGGCCAUUGAUGUGGUGGGCAUAUGCGGCGACAGCUUGGAGAGCAACCAAAGAAGCUGCCAGGACGAGAGCUGCGGCGAUUCGGUGGCACAGCCGCUGAUAAAGCUCGAGCCGCUCGAGUCCAAGGAGCUGCCGCCUGGCAAGAAGUCCCGCUACAAUUCCAGCUUCAGCAUCGAAUCCUUGCUGGGCACAUAACAUAA